CGGUAUGCUUACCAGUCUACGAUGAUCUUCCUGUUCUUUGGGUAUAUGAUCGGUUUUGCAGCAUUUUUUGUCUCGAGCCAGUGGCAACUCUAUGCCACUCCUAAUCCAAGGUGCAUCCUUUCAUUUAUUCAGUGUUGCAGGUGCACUGAGGGUGUCCAGCAAGACCAGCGUAAUUGUUCUGUGUCUGAAGUUCAACAUACGAUGGAGGAAAAACCCUUGAUAGACUGGGACGCUGGUCUCUUUGACUGCUUUGAGGAAGUGAAUACUUGCUGCUAUGGUUUCUGGUGCGGCCCCUGCCUUGCCUGCACUGUUUCACGAGGUUUUGGAGAGAACAACUGUCUCCCCUUAUGUGAUAUAUUCAUUUCUGCUGCAUCAGCAAUCUUUGGGAUACCUAUUUGUGUUCCUCCUGCAGCCUUGUCUGUAAGGGCUGCCAUGCGAAACAGAUAUGGCAUCAAGGGGUCUCUCUGUAAGGACAUUGCAGUUUCCUGUUUCUGUGCCUUGUGCUCCUGGUGUCAGAUGCAUCGAGAGUUAAAGCAUCGCAAGAAAACCCCGACUGUCAUCAACAUACAGAAUAACCCUGUUAUCAACCUGCAGCCUAUUCCAGUUGCUCAGCCACCAGUUAUGAUGGUGCCUGCACAACCACCUCCAGCUGGUUUUGUGGCUCAACCAGGAAUGGUUGUGGGUUCAUACUGACACUCGUAGAAAUGUGAUGCUGCUCAGAGUUUGUUUUGAUCCACUUAUCAGUGAAAUUGUAGCCUGUAAUCACUUUGAAAUUAAAUGUACAAUAAUUUCUACCAGUAUCCUAAUAAUCAUCAAAAUCAUUUCUUUUAACAGUUAAAUUAAAAGAAUGAAGUUUUAGCUCCAAAUUCACUGUAUAGUUUUUGUAUUAAUAAUAAUGGCUUUAAUUUUAGUCCUUUAAGUUUCCUUUUUUGAGAGGAAACCAAGCCAAGUUAGCAAAAAGUGGUUUUAGUUAAACCAGUCCAAAAUGUUUAAU